GACAAUAAUUACAAGAGAGAAAAAAACAAACGCCGGAAUAAACAUUUCUUUGAAUUCCCCGCAAAAAAAAAACACAGUCUUUCCCACAAUUCACUCCCAAGAAUCGCUCCACAGAUCUGUAUCUCAAUCACACCUAACUUUCUUUAAUCUGGGCACACAUAGAACAAAAAAAAAGAUCUUUUUCGACCCAGAUUUUCUAAAUCCGUGUACCCAGAGGAAUUGGUGACUUCAAGAUUUGACAUUGGAAUAUAAAUGCACAUUCUUUUGUAAGUGUUUUCAGAAUUUUUCAAGGUUUGGGCAAGGUUGGGUGAAGAGAAGCUCAUCAUGAUGGGUCUUUGGGAGGCGAUUUGCAUUGCGGCGGUGGUGGUCGGCGGCGUUGCGCGGUGGAGCACGGUGGGCGGCGUUGGAAUUGAGGACGUUUUCUUCAACGAGACAGAGCUUUCUCUCAUGGAAUCUGUGUUUGAUAGGUUUUCUACUUCAGCUGCUAAAUCCAACCAGCUCUAUGUUCCCAUCACUUUCAUUAAAGGAGCUGAUCCUAAAGCAGUGUGCUUAGAUGGGAGUUUACCAGCUUAUCACAUUGAUAGGGGGUUUGGUACUGGAGAAAAGAGUUGGAUCGUUCAUUUAGAGGGUGGGGGAUGGUGCAACAGCAUGCGUACCUGCACAUACAGCAGCAAGAAUACACAUCAUGGGUCAUCGAGGUUUAUGGAAAAGUGGCUCCCGUUUACAGGAAUUUUGAGCAAUAAAGCGGAAGAAAAUCCAGAUUUCUACAAUUGGAACAGAGUAAAAGUUCGUUACUGCGAUGGCGCUUCAUUCACCGGAGACAGCGAGGCUAACGGGCUGCAGUUUAGAGGGCAACGGAUAUGGAAAGCAGCAAUGAAUGAAUUGAUGAUGUCAAAGGGCAUGCGCUAUGCCAACCAAGCUCUUCUUUCUGGAUGCUCAGCUGGAGGUCUUGCUGCCAUAUUACACUGUGAUGAAUUCCGCAAUUUAUUUCCACAAAGCACUAAAGUGAAGUGCUUGAGUGAUGCCGGGCUAUUCAUGAAUGCGCGGGAUAUAUCUGGUCGGCACACUCUUAGGAAAUACUUUGGUGGUGUAGUAAAGCUCCAGGGCUCGGGAGAAAACCUGCCAAAUAGUUGCAAUAAAGUGAAUAAACGCUCCGAUCGAAACACAUGCUUCUUUCCUCAGAACGUGAUUUCCAAUAUCAGAACACCUCUAUUUAUUCUCAACACGGCCUAUGAUUCGUGGCAGAUCCAAGCCAGUUUAGCUCCUUCUUCAGCCGAUCCUAAUGGCACUUGGUAUGCUUGCAAGUAUAACCAUAACAAGUGUUCUUCGUCACAGAUUAAUUUUUUCCAAGGAUUUAGAGCUCAAAUGCUAAGGGCUACAAGAAAGUUUGCCACUUUCAGAAAAAAUGGUUUGUUUAUAAACUCGUGUUUUGCGCACUGCCAAUCGGAGAGGCAGGAUACGUGGUACGCUAAUAACUCCCCAGCUAUUGGUAAAAAGAAAAUCGCACUUGCGGUUGGAGAUUGGUAUACAGACCGUGCAGCUGCGAAACGCAUCGAUUGCCCGUACCCUUGUGAUAAAACAUGUCACAACUUGGUGUUCAGAUAAAUGAUUCUCCAAUUUUCUUUUGUUGUUUCUCCAUAUAUAUGUUACACUUUGUACUGAUUUUUUUAUACCACUAACUUACAAAUGUCAAAAGGGAGUCAAUAUAAAGAGUGAGGGCAAAAAUAACCUCUGCCAAUAUCAAGUGUAUUACAGGGUACAUUUUACUUACAGGGUACAUUUCAUCUUCUCCUAAAGUGAUGUUCUCAUCCAUACUAAAUUUGGUGUGGUGAGGUUUGUGUUGUAAUUUUUUAAUUUGUUUGUUUAUGAAAGAAAAAUUUGGAGUGUUU